AUGGUGAGUGAAAGUCAUCAUGAAGCCCUGGCAGCCCCGCCUGUCACCACCGUUGCGACUGUUCUACCAAAUAAUGCCACAGAGCCACCCAGUCCUGGAGAAGGAAAAGAAGAUGCCUUUUCUAAGCUGAGGGAGAAGUUUAUGAAUGAGUUGCAUAAAAUUCCAUUGCCACCGUGGGCCUUAAUCGCCAUAGCCAUAGUCGCAGUCCUUUUAGUGCUGACCUGCUGCUUUUGUAUCUGUAAGAAAUGUUUGUUCAAAAAGAAAAACAAGAAGAAGGGAAAGGAAAAAGGAGGAAAGAAUGCCAUUAACAUGAAAGAUGUGAAAGACUUAGGGAAGACCAUGAAAGAUCAGGCCCUUAAGGAUGAUGAUGCUGAAACCGGAUUGACUGAUGGGGAAGAAAAAGAAGAACCCAAAGAAGAGGAGAAAUUGGGAAAACUUCAGUACUCGCUGGAUUAUGAUUUCCAGAAUAACCAGCUGCUGGUAGGGAUCAUCCAGGCUGCCGAACUGCCCGCCUUAGACAUGGGGGGCACAUCUGAUCCUUAUGUGAAGGUGUUUCUGCUACCUGAUAAAAAGAAGAAAUUUGAGACAAAAGUCCACCGAAAAACCCUUAAUCCCGUCUUCAAUGAGCAAUUUACUUUCAAGGUGCCAUAUUCAGAAUUAGGUGGCAAAACUCUGGUAAUGGCUGUAUAUGAUUUUGACCGUUUUUCCAAGCAUGACAUCAUUGGAGAAUUUAAAGUCCCCAUGAAUACAGUGGAUUUUGGUCACGUAACUGAGGAAUGGCGUGAUCUGCAAAGCGCUGAGAAGGAAGAGCAAGAGAAAUUGGGUGAUAUCUGCUUCUCUCUUCGCUAUGUACCUACUGCUGGUAAAUUGACUGUUGUCAUUCUGGAGGCAAAGAACCUGAAGAAGAUGGAUGUGGGUGGCUUAUCUGAUCCUUAUGUGAAGAUUCAUCUGAUGCAGAAUGGCAAGAGGUUGAAGAAGAAAAAGACAACAAUUAAAAAGAACACACUUAACCCCUACUACAAUGAGUCAUUCAGCUUUGAAGUACCUUUUGAGCAAAUCCAGAAAGUGCAAGUGGUGGUAACUGUUUUGGACUAUGACAAGAUUGGCAAGAACGAUGCCAUUGGCAAGGUCUUUGUGGGCUACAACAGCACCGGCGCAGAGCUGCGACAUUGGUCAGACAUGCUGGCCAACCCCAGGCGACCCAUUGCGCAGUGGCACACCCUACAGGUAGAGGAGGAAGUCGAUGCCAUGCUGGUCGUCAAGAAGUAA